AUGAUGAUUGAGAGGCAGCUAGGGACUUUGCCUAGUAAUACGGAGUCCAACUUGAGAGAGCACAUGAAGGCUAUCACUUUACGAUCAAGAAGAUUUGGUAGGAAAGAUAGAGACAGCAAUGUGAUGGAGCCAGAGAAGAUAGAGGGCAGGAAGAAGAGUCCUCUGAAGGAAUACCAGCCUCCGAUCCCAUAUCCUGCCAGGUUCAAGCAGGAGAAAGUUGAUCAGCAGUUUGUUAAGUUUCUUAACUUGUUUAAACAACUGCAAAUUAACUUACCUUUUGUUGAAGCUAUUUCGCAGAUGUCUGGGUAUGCGAAGUUCUUAAAGGAAAUCCUUAGCAAUAAUAGAAAGUUAGAGGACUUGGCGAUCGUGACCUUAAAUGAGGAGUGUUCGGCUAUACUUCAAAAUAAAUUGCUAGAGAAGAAGCGUGAUCCAAGGAGUUUUACUAUCUCUUGUGUGAUUGGUGAUUUGAUAAUUAGCAAUGCUUUAGCUGACUUAUGA